UCCAGUAUGGCCAGGAAAUGUUCAUUCUGGUGACUGCGAACAGCAAUCCGUAAGGUCCGUGUAUUCCUCGGAAUCGGCAUCAGCAGCAACUGCUGCUGGAUUGCUACACUUGGAUACGAGUCGCGACGUGCAAAUCGAAACAAUUGGUCUCAAAGCGCUUCCGGAAAGUUUCGAAUUAGGACAAACAAUUGACGGUGAUCUACCGCCCGGAGUUAUUGUUUACUCACAUUUUUCGGUGCAGUACGACAGCCGAGUAAUUUUUAAUGUGUCAGUUGACCCGCAAGCGCAACUGGUCAUUUACGGUCGACGAACAGCGCAACCGUCACCAACUAUUCAUGACUUCGCCGAUAUUAUACGGGCAGAACGGCUGGCCGUCAUACGAAAUUCUUCGUCAAAAAGUCGAAUUAGGCGCUCAUUGACAGAGCAAUUGCUCCGGACAUCCAUCCUGACACACUAUCUACUCGCGGGACGAUGGCAUAUCGGACUGCUCAACGAUGCUGCACAGGUUACUUAA